UACACUUUUGUCUAUUCACUAUUGUCGCUUCUCAUCCAACAGUUGACAUUUCAUUUCAAGUGAUGCUUUGAGAAUAAAUUUGUUCGAUUUUAAUGUAUUUAUAACAAGACUAAUACAGUUUCACACUUUUUAAUUAUUUUGCUUAAAAUGUGACGUUAGAGUUUUUAAUCUUAGGAAUAUGCUGACAAAUUGGUUACUAAUUACCAGUUGAAUUUGACAAGGUCUAUUACAAAACACUUGUAAUUUGUGUCUACCUAGUUGUGUGGUUUGUUUUUAUCCGAAAGGUCUAUUUUUUUCGAUGCAUUUCCGUGGCUUUUAUUCAGUGAUAAUCAAGUUCAAGUUGAAAUGGUUCGAGUCAAUAGUCUGAUGGCCUCUCAGGAGGGUGUUAAAACUCCUCACCGCAUUGAGCUUUUUGAAGAAAAGAUAACAAAACCCAAAAGAAAUUAUAGAAAACGCAGAAUAGUGGUUGCAACACCAACAAAAACCGAAAAUGAAGAAAUAACAUCAGAACCACCAAUAAAAAAAGAAAUUAAAUCAAAACCUCUUAAAUCAAAUAACGGCAUCAGCAUAAUGACGAAUGGAAUAAAUGUGAGGUCUCGUGCAGCGCGUGCAGCUGCUCGAACAGCUGAUAGUCAUAAACUCACUGAAUAUUUUAAGGAGGAGUUAAAAAGUCCCAAAGUAGAGAACCCUCCAUCUCCCCCGCCAAUGGAAAAGACUGCUAAAGUUGAAUCAAAGGCUGUGAAUGGCAGCAAUCAUAAAUUAACUGAAUAUUUUCCUGUGAGGCGAAGUGUAAGGAAGACUUCAAAAUGUGUUAUGGCUGAAAAGAUGAGAGACUUGGAGAGAGCAAUCAGAGAACAAAAGGAGGAUGGGCUACAGGUCUCUUAUUUCGAUGGCAAAGGUCGUGGAGUUAUAGCUACGCGUCCUUUCUAUCGCGGACAGUAUGUAGUAGAGUAUGUGGGUGAACUGGUGGGAGUGGCAGAGGCUAGGGAGCGCGAACGGAAGUAUGCACAGGAUCCUAAUGCUGGCUGCUAUAUGUAUUACUUUAGACUGCAAGAUCAACAGUAUUGUAUUGACGCGACCUCCGAAUCGGGGCGGCUCGGUCGUCUAGUGAACCACUCCCGCAACGGUAACUUGUCAACAAAAGCGGUGUGGGUGGACCGACCCAGGUUGGUGCUGCUCGCCGCUCAGGACAUAUCGCCUGGGGAGGAGCUCACUUAUGACUAUGGGGAUCGGUCUAAGGAGUCGCUGCGUCACCAUCCUUGGCUUGCGCUUUGACCUGGAUUGCCUUCAGAAAUCUCAAUUGGACUACUAAGAAUUAUUUAUUAAUUUAAACUUAGCUGUUAAGUUUGUUUGUUAUAAUUAUGUAAGGUUUGAUAUUUAAUAUAAUGUUAUGUAGUGACACAAGUGGCCUAGGAAUAGUUUUGAUACUUGAACAGGGUGGUUCUUGUAUUGCCUUAUGCCACAAGGAUUGAACUUGUAUGUAAGGUGAAAAAUUAAGCUUGAAAUCAUGCUAUCCCAUUUUAGUAGCUAGCCAAAGAAUUAGUAAAAAAAUAUAGAAAUGUUCUAUAAGUAUCACAGACAUGUUGGUCUCUGUCUAACUUCUGAUACAGUGAAGAGAGCGAAUGGGAUAGCAUGUGGUUUCGCUAUCCUCUAAUGACGAGUAUUUGCUAUACAUUUACGUCAUUGCGCUGAUAUUGAGCAAAUGACCUAUUUGUAUUCCUAGACGAUGGUAUACGGAAAUGUUAAUGAUCGGACAAACUUACAAAAUAAGUAUUUCCAUAGUAUCAGUAUUUACGGUUAUAUCUACUUAAAGAGAAGAUUACAUUUGAUUGUAAGCUAGCGAUAUGUUACUAGGAGUGUUGAAGAAACAGUACAUGUUAUGAACAUAAUAAUCGAAUGAAUGCCUCUGAAAGAGAGCUGUAUUCAUUCGUCAUAAUUUAUCCAAACGAGAAGCUAUUUUUAUUGCACAUUUAGUCAAUAAAGAUAAUUAAAUAAAUAACUUCUAGUGGUAUGAGAGUUCUCGGUUUAACUGCUAAUCUGUUUAAGUAAUAUUACCGGUUAAACUAGAGAGUUUCCACUGGAAGCUAGGGUACGUUGGAUGCGCUGAUAGUAGGCUGGAUACAAUGACGGUAGAUGAGAGAAAAAAACCAA